CGUUUGGCUGUGGUGCGAACUGUCAUGUCUCAUGCGUAGCUCAACAUUGAACGAUGUGCGGUGAGUUGGUGACACCAUGGCGGGAGCCAGCAUAGGAACGACGUGGCCAUGAGGCAUGAACAUUGAAAGAGGCUGGUUCAAUACAAGGUAUGACUCGGAAUUUGGAGAUCGCGAUCCACGGCCGGAGAACAAAGGAAUAUUCCCAGUGCUAUGCAUGGCAUUUCUGCCCGAAUUACUGAACGACGCGUCGAGACACGAUAGGGAAGCCAUGCAGGGAGAACAAAGGGUUCGAAAAGCCAAACAUCAGGAUCCUUGGAUCGUCAUCCCCUGAUUCGAUAUCAGAUUCUCCCUAGUUUCCUGUGUGCUCUGCGAUCAUGCUUCACAGACACUUGACAUGUCCACACUGGUUAAUCGAGGGAUCAAUCAUCCUCGGCAGUCGAGCAUUAUUUCUUGUUUCAACGUGACAGCCCAUAUUUGUCCCGCGCUCCACCAGAGACCCGACGUACAUUGGCUCGUGGCGGUGGUGGCGAGAUCGAUUUGGUGUCCUCCGUCGCCCAUCCGGAGUUGUGUCCCCUUCAGUCGCGCAAAUUCCGCCGCAAGAAUUCAAUAUUUCAAACAAGGAUGGGAUGGCCAAUCACCACAACGAUUCCCUUACUCCGUGCUCCGCCUGUCCCACGGCUCUCCGUGGAGUAUUCACGAUCCAUGGCAUGAUUUGUUCCAGAUGCUUCGUCAGCUGCCUGGCUCAUCUGCCAGCCAUCCGAAACUGCGUCGUGGCCAAGACACUGCAGGGGGUCAGGGGUUACCAAUUGUGGCUGUGACCGAAGUGCAGGGGUUCUCACUAGCCACAGCGGAUCUGCCCUGUCGACCUGUCGGAACUCGGACCCUUCCGACGAUUCAACACUUCUAUCAAGCCGCCGGAUCUGGCACUAGGGUCGCCAAUGACCGCAGCGACGCGGCGGGUGAGAGCCCAGGCGCCUCGCGAAAUGGAGCCCGAGGCUGGACCGAGAGCCCCAUCGCCGAACGCAGCGGGCUCUCCGAGUGGAGGGGAGGUACAUUUGGGGUUCCAGACUGCUGGUGGUUAAAAUUCUUUCGCUGCAGGAUAUGCAAAUCAGGAGUCGUGGUGCUCGAAGGAUCAUUUAGUUUAGAAUCCAUUAAUCAACUGCGGAAGGUGCAUAGCAAGCAAUAGUCUUGCAUGUGGACUUUGCCCAGCUGGUUCAACACAGCUGGACGGGGACGGCGAUCCCGCUUUUUCCCUGACGGACUCCUUCACGCUUCGAUCUAUCGGAUCAUGCACGAUGGGAUCCUGGGGUAGCGCAUCCAUCCUCGUCCCUCGAUUCACUGCACCGGCUCGACUUGUCCUCGAAUUUCUAGGUUCUGACUUCGGACACACCAACGUCGAUCAGCAGGAAAGUUCACCCGCCGCCCCAGGGGGACG